AUGUUUGGUGCAGUGAGAAGAUACCCGGCCACCCUCUCGAGGAGUCUGGCUGGAAUCUCGUCUAGAGCCCUUCGCACACCCUUCACUCAGACUCUUGGUGUUCUACGGAUACCAUUGCAGACGUCCCGUCUCGCAAAUGCCUCGUUUGCUGGCUUCCACAACAGCGCAAAGUGGCAAGAUGCCGCGGCCGCAGCAGAGGCAGCCCAGAGCAUCAGUGAGGACGGCCCGGCCACAAAGUUCGCAGAAUUGGCCACACGCGGACUCGUGCACCCCAAUCUCAUCAACACGAUUACGAAGCAGAUGAAGUUGACGACCAUGACGGAUGUGCAAACCCGAACAAUCAACGAGGCUUUGAGCGGCGUCGAUGUCAUUGCCCAGGCAAAGACUGGUACCGGUAAAACACUGGGUUUCCUCAUUCCCGUUAUUCAACGCAUCAUCCAAGCCGACCCAAGUCUCGCCGACAAGCCUAGAGGAUACAAGCGCGCCAAAGCCGACGACAUUAGGGCCAUUGUCAUGUCACCGACACGUGAAUUGGCAGAGCAAAUUGCCGUUGAGGCUAAGAAGGUCACCUCUGGCACUGGCAUCAUCGUGCAAUGCGCAGUUGGUGGAACACGCAAGCGAGAGAUGCUUGUGAAGACACAACGUGAAGGUUGCCAUCUCAUGAUUGCAACACCCGGCCGACUGUACGAUAUUCUUUCCGACCCAUACUCUGGUAUCAAGGCACCAAGGCUCAAUGCCUUUGUCUUGGACGAAGCCGAUCGUCUGCUCGACGAUGGUUUCACCAAGGAGAUUGACGAAAUCAAGAAGAUUCUCCCCGACCCAGAAGAGGUCGAACGCCAAAAUCUCAUGUUCUCGGCUACUAUUCCCCGCAACGUUGUCGAUCUAGUCCGUCGUACCAUGCGCCCUGGUUUCCACUUCGCCAAGUGCGUCGAUGAGAACGAGGAGCCAACACACGAGCGUAUUCCCCAGAAGAUAGUUAUGCUUGCCGGUUUCGAGAACAUCAUCCCCACCCUGUACGAGCUCGUGUGCAAAGAACAAGCAGAGGCUCAGAGAGGUGGAUCGCGUCCCUUCAAGGCCAUUGUCUACUUCAACAGCACUGCUGAAGUCACAUUGGCUGCAUCCGUCUUCUACAAACUCAACGGUGGCCUCAAACGCGGCAACUCACCUCUCGGUGGACUCCGCAACUUUGAAAUCCACGCCAAGCUCAGCCAAGCACAGCGUACUAGAGCUGCAGAUGAUUUCCGCACAGCCAAAAGUGGUGUACUCUUCUCUUCUGAUGUAACUGCUCGUGGUAUGGAUUUCCCAGAGGUCACGCACGUCAUCCAGAUUGGUCUUCCACGCGAUCGUGACUCGUACAUCCAUCGUCUUGGUCGUACUGGUCGUGCUGGAAAAGAGGGUGAGGGAUGGCUGUUCCUCACUCCGUUUGAGAAGCAAGAAGUGCGCCGCCGUCUCAGAGACUUGCCUCUCACCGACUCUACAAAGGAACUAAACAUCGCCGCUCUUGACAUGAGCCAAGAGUCCGAGAUCCCGGAGGACAUCAAUCAGAUCCUCCAGCAGUGCGUGGAAGCACACAAGAAGGUCUACCCAGACCAACUUGAUGCUGCCUUCCGUGGCUUGUUUGGAAGCUACCAGUGGUAUGGCGACAAGCACGGCUUGGUCGAGGGUGCAAACCGCCUAGCAGAAUUCGGCUGGGGUAUGGAAACACCACCACCGCCUCCUGCUGCCGUGUUCAGCGGUGGUAGACGAGGUGGAGGCGGAGGCCGCAGUGGUGGCUAUGGAGGAAACCGUGAUGGAGGUCGCGGUGGCUUUGGAGACCGUGGUGGUGACCGAAGGGGAGGCGGCGGCUUCGGUGGUGACCGUGGCGGUGAUCGACGAGGUGGAGGUGGAGGUGGCUACAGUCGUGGCUUCGGUGGUGGACGGGGUCAUGGUGGCCACGACACAGGCCCAAGCCGCGGCUUUGGCGGCGACAGGAGAGGUGGAAGCGGAGGCGGAGGUUUCGGCGGUGACCGACAGAGACGCGAGCCUCGCAUGGCGUUCUAA